UAAGAAAGAUGGUGUAGUUUUUUUAGAGUUCUUAUUCCGUGGUCCUUGAACUGGGGAUUCUGUAAUUUCAAAUAGGUUGUUAAUGAAUUAAAUAACUCCUGUUCCCUAAUUGUGUUCGGUGUAUUGACUAUAAAAUAUGGAACCCGAAUCAAAUGUGAUAGCCCGCCUUUUAAAAACGUUGACAUAUGUACUGGAUACGCCAAUCGACUAUUUCCGAGAAACAAUUGUCGUACCGAAUCAAAAGAAGUAUCCAUGGUAUCAUCAAAAAUUUCGUCGUGUUCCAACAAUCGACGAAUGUUAUGAACUCGACAUAGUUUGUUUGCAAGAAGCAAAUUCUCAAUUUCAACGUGAUAAAAUGGUGGAAGAUGAAAUACUUAGUAUAUUAAGAAACCGCUAUGAACAUUGUUGUUGGGUACACGGUGAAGAUUCGGAGAAACUUUGUAGUGAUUUAUAUAAAACAUAUGAUGAUGCUGCCAAGAACUGGUUUAUAAAAUAUGGUGAUCUUGGUAUAAAGUUGGAUGCACGUAGUGCAUUUAUGAAACAAAAGCAUCGUAUGAUUUGGGAACGAAGACACGGUCCUGUUGGUAGCGGUAUGAAUGAUAAGUAUGUAUAGACUGUUAACUGAUGUGAAACAUACAUCUCAGUUUGUUAUAAAGCUGUGUUUGCAUCAUUGUAUAGAUAUUCUGUAAAACAUAAAAUAAAUUAAUUUAUCAAAUUGGAAA